CGUGGCGGCUGCGAAGGAGGAAAACUGUUGAGACUGAGAGAAAAAGAGAAAGAGGAGUGGUCGUGUGUGUGUGUCACAGAACUGUCAAAUAGCUCACAGUUAAUCUAUAAUUAUUUAAUGUUUAUUAAAAUAAUAACAAUACUUAUACUGUACAAUUAAUUAUUUAUAUAUUGUUUUAUCGAUAACAAACGUUAUUUAUCAUAGACAAUAAUAAUAACAAUUAAACAAUGUCGUCGUCGGGUGAUUUUGGUAACCCGUUAAGGAAAUUCAAGCUUGUGUUUCUUGGUGAACAAAGUGUCGGAAAAACGUCACUUAUUACACGAUUCAUGUAUGACAGCUUCGACAACACUUAUCAGGCUACGAUAGGAAUAGAUUUUCUGAGCAAAACGAUGUACUUGGAAGAUAGAACAGUUAGAUUGCAGUUAUGGGAUACCGCGGGUCAAGAAAGAUUCCGUUCUCUUAUUCCCAGUUACAUCAGGGAUUCAACAGUCGCUGUUGUUGUUUAUGAUAUUACUAAUGCUAAUUCAUUUCAUCAAACAUCCAAGUGGAUUGAUGACGUGCGGACAGAACGAGGCAGUGAUGUUAUUAUCAUGCUUGUUGGUAAUAAAACGGAUUUAAGUGACAAGCGACAAGUUUCAACUGAAGACGGAGAACGUAAAGCUAAGGAAUUAAAUGUUAUGUUCAUUGAAACUAGUGCUAAAGCAGGAUACAAUGUCAAACAGUUAUUUAGAAGAGUUGCCGCAGCUCUACCUGGCAUGGAUUCCACUGAGAACAAACCUCCAGAAGACAUGCAAGAAGUAGUUCUCAAGGAUACACCAAUUGAGCUCAAAGCCUCCGAGAGCAAUUGUUUAUGCUAAAUCAAGAUAAGUCAUAAAUAUAAUAGACAGGCAAUCAGAUUUAAUUAAAUUUAAAUUAUUUUUAAAAUUUAAAAACAAAAGUUUUAAGUAAUAAUUAUUAAUCGGUGCAUUAACGAUCUUGUCGAUCACUAAUUAAUUAUAAAUAAUAAUAAUAUUAAAUAUCAAGACAGUAUCUUUUAAUAAGAGAUGCACGUAUGUGUAAAUUGCUCAUUGACUCUUUAUUAUUAUUACAAUAACAAUUAACAUAAACAAUUAAAAACUUCAAUUCAUUGUAAUUUCAAUUUUUUUUACAAUCAAUAAUUGCUUGUGUUUAUUUAUUUUUAUCACGGCAUUAUUUAUUAUAAUUUCUUUGGUACUUUCAUUUUUUUUUACUCAUCAACACGGCACUAAUUAUUAAUUAUUAUUAUUAUUAUUAAUAUAUAUUUAUAAAUUAUACAAAUAUAUUUAUAUUAUUUAAUUGAAAUACAGACGAAUGUAAUUGAUGUCGCAAUAACUUAAGCGUAAUGUCACACUCGGUAGCUUAUUAUUAAUUUACAAUUAAAAAAAAAUAUUUGAAAGCAAUUGGAAUUUUAAAUAAAAUUAUAAUUAUCGAGUACAAUAAAUAGUUAUAAGAAAAAAUAAAUAAGAUGAUUUUUUUUUUAAUUAUUUUAAAGACUUGAGUUUUAGUAAUUGAAUUAAUUGCUUAGUUUUUAAUUAAUUAAUUUGGAAAAAAAAUUGCGGACCGAAUAGUUUAAACUAAUAAAAUCAAUUAAUAAAUAAAGUAAAAAAGAAAUGAAUUAUGUUUUGAAUGUCCAUUUUUAUAAAUCAUAAAAUAAUUAUUUAUACGCGGGUUUCAUUAACGCGAUUAAAAUAGUUAAUGAUUAUAUUAAUUUAUUCUCAAUUGUAAAUAAAAUAAAAUUGGGAAGCGGAUAAACAUUUAAUGUAGAAAAAUAUUUAAAAAGUAACAUUUAUUUAUAAUAUUUAAUAUCAUAUUUCAUGUCACUUUUAUUAUUUUUAUUAUAUUGUAAUAAUCAUUUAAUUUAUAUUAAAACAAUUUUAAUUA